UCGGACGUUUUAUUGCAGCCAUCCCUAUUAUUCAAUAUAAGCAUAAGCACAUAUAUGCGGAGAUUUAUGAGUUCAUGGCAUCUAGAGCAACAAGCAAACGAAGAUCAUUUAAUCCACUGCAAUAUUAUGAUCAACAGAAUAAAAUCCUAGACAGAAUUAAAGAUUAUGACCAUUGUGUUGAUUCUACAAGCUGUGAAGAAAAUAAGAGAAGAAGAACCGUGGUUCUUAACAAAUGCAAGAAAAGAAAAAAUUUUGGAUUUACUAUUCAAACAUAUGGGAUUAAAAGACAAUCAUCUUUACCUUUAGAGUAUUCUUCAUAUGAGUCCAAAGUAUCAGAUCUCAAUGACUUAUUAAAUUAUGCAAAUGAUAAUAAUUUACAUAGCAAAAAUCAAAAUGUAAUAAUUGAUUUAAUAACUUUUAUUGAUUAUGUGGAGUUUGAAAGUCCUGCUUACUAUUCUGGUCUUAAAAGAGGUGAUGUAAUUUUAGCCAUAAAUGGAAUAUCAAUGGAGAAUAGUGCCCAUGAAGAACUCGUUUCCUAUAUAACUUCUCAAAGUGUUUUAAGGAUGGUGGUUUUGUUCGAAGAUUGUUCUCAGAAGAUUGAGUUGAGCCUGAGGUAUCUUAAAUUGAAGGAAAUGUUGCAUGCAAAAUUGGAAGAGUUAAAAGUUUUGGAGAGUCGCGAGACCGAUAUGGUAGAAGCUCUUAAAUUGGAGGCAUCGCGAAUCACCUAUAAUCGUAAUUUUCAAGGUUUCAAAAAAAAACUGGAUAAUGAUUAUAUUGUAGACGUAGAUGCUAGUUGUGAACCACUACCGUCCUUUUCCAUACUCCGAAUCAACGAUACAUGGCUCAAUGCUGGCAAAGAAAUCAUCGAAAAUUUCUCUGAAAUGUUGGAAAAUUCGUUAAACCGUGAUAAUGCCAUUAAUUCUUGCGUCGAAACCAUCGAUUGUACUACUACUACCAAUAAUAUCGAUAAUAAAAUUAUUGUGAAAGCAAACCAUUACGACACGACUAAACAUUUCCUUAAAGGUGAUGGUGAUAUUAACCGGCAAAACACACAUCAUUCCUCCAAAAAAAAAUGUUCCAAAUCGCGCGUAAACUCCAAAAUUUUGGGUCUGGGCGAUAAAUUGGCCCAAAACUUUAAAAAGCUCAAAAGAUUUUCUGCAUCGGAUAUAAAAAAUUUUGGUGAAAAUAAAUUCGACAAAGUAUCAUUUGAUACUAAUGAUGGUGGUGAGAAUUUGAAGAUAGAAGGCGAGAAUAGCUUGAGUGAAAUAAAUUAUUUAGAAAUAAUCAAUGCCGGGCUUUGCCCUAAUGAUAAUCUUUCUACUACCACAAAAAACUCAAACUUUUCUGAUCUUAUAAUAAAAGGGGCCAAUAAAUCUGGAAAUGUUUUCUUAUCCCCUUUUAAGGUUGCUAGAAAUUGUCGUUCUUUCUCCUCCCUCAUAUCGCCGUCUAAUAAUAACGCUGUAAACUUGUUCGACAAAAACACUGCUACGACUCACGAAAAUUUUGAAAAUACGGGGAAUGUAACCAUAAGCGUAAUGCCAUUAUUUUUCGGAGGAGAGGACAAGGAUAGCUCUACCGACCAUUCAUUCGAAUACGAAAAUUCUUUGAGUCAGGAAAUUUUCGGUCAUUUUAGCUGUUCUGAUUUCGAUCAAACGAAUGCCGAUUAUGAAGUUGAAGAUGUUGAAUGCCAAGAAAUUAAACUGAUAGUUCCAUCUACUAAUGUCAUAUCUCGAACUUUUGAAAAAGAUUGUAACAUAGAUACUAAGGAUUUCGACGUUGAUUUUGGGAAAAAGUACUCGGAACUAUCUGAACAGGUAAAUGCAGAUGUUGAUUUUUUGGAUAGACACGAUCUAUGCAUCGGUGAUAUUGGAGAUAACGAACAAAAAAAUGCAAAUUUAAAAGAUGGUAUGAAGUCUAGGGCUAAAUCGAGGCUUAGCGCCUGUGUAAGUUCGGAAAAUAUUUUCGCUUUGAAUUUUUUCAAUCCUACGGGAUGUUCCUCAUACUCAAACCUUGAUUUGGAUGGUUGCUCAAAAGGUCAAUUCCUGAGCCCAAAAUUAGAAGGCCAUUUUAGCAAGGAUAUAACCACUGCCCUUUUCAAACAAGACAAAAUGCGAUUUGGAUCUACACCCAUCAUACCUCCAAUAGAUAGCUCUAAAAACAAACAUCGAUCAGAUUAUCCAGAUAAAAUUAAUAGGCAAUUAGCCAUUAAAGGGUCUUGCAAUUCUCUUUCCUUCGACAUUCUUAACCUAUCCCGCUCUCCUAAGCAUUGCACCGAUAAACAUUACAUCGAUAAAGUUGAGAACUGUCUGACAACUAGAAACCGAACGUGGGAUAACACCCAGACAUUAUCGCCUUGUAAGUCUAGCAAGGUCAAAUCUACUAGACUUUGAAAUUAUAGUUUACUAUUCAUUCAAGAACAGUCAAGCUUGAGGACUCCUUUUAAUGCCAUUAUGCCACUUGGUUUUUAUACUAACCCCACCAAAAUAAUUUGUGAAGUUGGUAUAACUAAGUGAAACGCCACUCUUAUUUUUUUUUAUUUACAAUAGUUUUCUCUCAGUUUGUAUGUGUAAUUCAUUAUGAUAAUAUGUUUUUCCCUUCAUUUUCCUACUUUCAUCAAUUUGAACAAUCUCCUUUCCACUUCCAUGCUUGAUAAAAUAUAUUAUAAUACAAGUACAAAAAAAUUAAAUAUCAUUUUGGAAUUUUUUAAAGGAGGUUACCUAGAUAUUUGUAGAUCCCAAUUUUAUAAAAAUACAAAAUAGCGCGAAUUAAAAAUAAAUAUAUAUUUUUAGAUGGUAUUCUUGUUAAAAUUUUAUUUUCGUUAUCAUUGUCUGUGAUCACUCACCGAAAUUCAAACACCUUGAAUUAUUUUUGCAACAUAAAUGUUUAUAAGUCUAACACUGCCUUUUGUUCUAUUUUUUUACAUUUCUGCAACAAAAAAUACAUUUCACUUUUUUGCAAAAUAUGGUAUUCGUAUUUAUUAGUCAAAUUAUUAUAUUAUGUAAAUUUCUAAAUAAUGAUUUCAUCUUUAUAAAUAACAUGAAAUGGUAAUUGAGUAAGUUUUAGAAAUUGGUGGUCACGUGGGCGAUUGGUUUCUUAUAAAAAUGUCACCUUCAUUUUUAAUGUUUUUUUUGUAUUUAUCUUUUCUAAUCUAAUCUGCCUAUUCAUUCCGGUUUAAUAUUUAUACAAUACUAAAAGCCAUAAGUUAGCUGUCACGACGGGAUGGAUAAACUUUAUAAGAUAAAAUUAUGUUUAAAAAUAUAUAGUAUUAUUUUUAUUAUUAUUAUGAUUGAAUAUGUUUUAUAUUAUAUGAUUUAAUGAAUUAACUCAACGCUAAUUAUUACCGAAAUUUUAUAUAAAUAAUAUGAUAAAAAUAUUUAUUUAAUUCUAAUAUAUUUUAUUUAUUAAUAAUUAA